GCCCCCGCGCUUCCUCCCGGUUUCACUUUCGCUUCCGGCGGAGCGCGGUCCCGCCGCCACCCGAACAUGGACGAUCCGGACCGCGACUCCACCUGGGAGGACGAGGACGAGGACGAGGAGGAGGAGGACGGCGGGGGCCCGAGCGCCGGGGGCGACAACGAUGGCGAGGCCGCCGCCCUGGGAGACGCGGAGGACGAGGAGGAGGAGGAGGAGGAGGAGGAGGAGGAGGAGGUGUGGCCCAGCGCGCUGCAGUCUAGGAUGACGGGGUCCCUAAACUGGAGAGCCAUGCAGGACACACGCAGGUACCGGCACCACUACCCGGAUUUGAUGGAAGGGGACAGCAAUGGUGACAUGCCAAACCUGAGUUUCUACAAAAACGAGAUCCCGUUCCGGCCCAAUGGCUAUUGCAUUGAGUAUAUUCUUGAGGAAUGGAGGGACAACUACGACCUCCUGGAGGACAACCAUUCCUACAUCCAGUGGCUGUUUCCUCUGCGGGAGCCAGGGGUGAACUGGCAUGCCAAGCCCCUCACACAGCAGGAGAUCGAGGCCUUUAAAAGCUCCCAGGAAGCCGGGCAGCGGCUUGUCCGGGCCUACGAGCUCAUGCUGGGGUUCUACGGAAUCGAGCUGGAGGACCGGGACACAGGCAAGGUGCGGCGAGCGCAGAGCUACCAGAAGCGCUUCCAGAACCUCAACUGGCACAGCCACAACAACCUCCGCAUCACGCGCAUCCUCAAGUCGCUGGGCGAGCUGGGCCUGGAGCGCUACCAGGCGCCGCUGGUGCGCUUCUUCCUGGAGGAGACGCUGGUGCGCCGCGAGCUGCAGGGCGUGCGGCAGAGCGCCCUGGACUACUUCGUGUUCACCGUGCGCUGCCCGCGCCAGCGCCGCGCGCUGCUGCGCUUCGCCUGGGCGCACUUCCGGCCGCGCCGCCGCUUCGUCUGGGCGCCGCACCACAAGCUGCGGAGGCCCCGGCCGCGCGCCCUGCCGGGCCCCGAGCCGGCCGCGGGGGAGGCGAGCCCCGCGGACCCCUUCCUGGAGGCGGGCGCCCCGGGGCGGACCUGCGGUGCGGGCGGGGAUGGCGUGGCCGCCGGGCCCCCGCAGGAGGAGGGAGCCCGGGAGGGGGACCCGGGGUCGCAGGGGCCGGAGCCCGCGAGCCCCACCGAGAGCAAGAAGAGGAAGUUGGAGCCGAACCGGCGGGAGCAGGCCCCGGGGGAGCCGGGCCCCCAGAGCGCCUCGGAGGUGGAGAAGAUCGCCCGGAACCUGGAGGGCUGCGCCCUCAGCCAGGGCAGCCUCGGGGCCGGGGCCCAGGAAAUGGGCAGCCUCGGGGCCGGGGCCCAGGAAAUGGGCAGCCAGGGGCCCGGGGAGACUGAGCAGCCCUGUCCCCCGCCCCCAGGGGCCAAGGCGGCCGACGAGGUGAGGAAGCGAAGGAAGGUGGACCAGGCGCCGGCCCCCUCGGGGCGUCCUGAGGCCGGGGAGGGCGAGGAGGUGGAGGAGGACGAGGCAGAAGGCCAGGGGGAGCCGGAGCAGGGGGCCCCCGGGAGCCCGGCCGCGGCCGAACCUGCGUCGGAGGAGAGGGCGGAGGCGGGGCUGACUGCCAGGCCCCCCACGCCUUAGGCUGGGGGACACCCGCCCUCCGCUGGGCCUGUACCGGGGGGGGGGGG